GUGCUCCGCUUCGAAUCGUUCGAACCGAUCAAUCAGGAUUAAAGCGAAAAUUUUUUUAUCCUGAUUGGCCAAUCAAAUCCUGUUACAAGAAGUUCAGGAUCCAAGUAGGGGAGUAUGGCUUAGAGACGUGACGUAUAACGCGACGUUUGAUCCGCGACAGAUUCACUUGCCGAUUGUUGUUCGACCGAUAUGGUUUCGCCGAUUCCGCCUUUCUUAAAAGACCUCGUCGAGAGAUGAGGUUCGCAGUUGCGCACAAUAACACGCGGAUCAUUGUGUGAUCGAUCAGGACGAUCGAGUGUCAAUCAUUUAUAUGUGAAGUGCAAACGAUGGAGAAGUUAAACGUGUUCACUCUUUUCAAAAAAUACAUGAAGCGAAGCGAUCGCGAUACGACACCUUUGUUGAUAAAUAGUGUAGAAAACGGAAUGAAUUAUGCAUCAGACGAUUCUCGAUCCUUUCGUAUCCAGUCUAAGAAGGAACGCGAAAAAUCUCACAGAAGAUUGCUAAGCAGAUUUUAUUCCAAGAUUCAGAUCUCGCCAUUGAUCAAGACAAAGACAUCUCAGAAGGAUCUUCCAAUAGACAUGUCUCGAGCAUCUCUUAUAACGCCUGAGAACAAUUUGCAAGCCGGGGAUCGUUGCAACGUUGUAAUGCUUGAGGCUGGAUUGCCCGGCGAUUCGUGGACAUAUUGCGUCGAACGAGAACAACUGGCCAAGAGAUCAGAAUGGUUUCGAGCGAUGCUCACAGGUCCAUUUGCACCACCACCGACGGAUUCACCACCAUUGUUACAGUUGCAACACGUUGACAAGCGGGCAUUUCAUCAUUUUCUCAAGUAAAAAUUUGUAGCUUAACUUAAUUUAAGAUAAAAGAGAUGCCCGAUGACACUUGAAUCCUAUUUG